AUGAAAACCAGGGCUGCCCUCAAGAAGAAAGCAAAUAUUGCAUUGAUUUCUCAAAUUGAGCCAAAAAAGGUAGAGGAAGCACUGAAGGAUUCAAGCUGGGUGCAAGCUAUGCAGGAGGAAUUAGAUCAGUUCAGCAAGAAUCAAGUGUGGAAGCUAAUACCUAAACCUGAAAAUGUGUCUGUGAUCGGAACAAAAUGGGGCUAUUCACAGCAAGAAGGAGUCGACGAUGAUGAGACUUUCGCCCCAGUAGCUCGUUUGGAGUCUAUACGAAUUCUUCUGGCAUACGCAUCCUUUAAAGGAUUCAGGUUGUUUCAAAUGGAUGUUAAAAAUGCCUUUUUGAAUGGAUUUAUCGAGGAGAAGUUUUGUAAAACAGCCUCCAGGCUUUGA